AUGAGUCUUCUGACGACUCUGUUCAAUCCUCGGAACUUCCGCAUUGUCAUCGCCGCCAUUGCAACGACAUGCAUCCUAUCAGUCCUGCUGUUUUUCCCGCCAGGGUCCCAGACUUCCACCAGCUCGUUGGACAUCGGACAAUCCCAAGACCUAAAGUCAACCACAGUCCCCUCGAUAGAGAUCACCGCAGUCGAGCCUACCGCCGCCGAAACCGCCCUAAUCACAGAUCUCACGCAAUACUUCACCGACCACCCCAUCCAGAAACCGUUCAAGGAGAAAUACGGCGAGCUGGGCCGCCGCAUGCGCAUCCUGAGAGACUGGCUGAGCCUGGCGCAAGCCUCGAGCAAUCCCGCGACGAAAGCCCUCUACCUCGACGCCGUCGAAAAAGUAGCCCUGACGCAAUUCCCCUUCCUCACGCAUCCCAACCAUCCAUCCUCCAGCACGCACCCGAUUGCUAGCCUGUGCGCGCGUUUUGAACCCAAGACAGCGGGGAUCGUCAUUCCCACAAGCGACAAGACGGUGCGGUACGCGGCGCACCUGAUCGGGGCGCUGCGGGGCGUGCUCAACUCCACGCUCCCGAUCCAGGUCGUCUACGCUGGCGACAGCGAUCUGGCGCCCGCGAAUCGCGACCUCCUGGCCAGCGUAGCGGGGCGGUCCGCAUUGACCUCGACGCCCGCCGCCAUCGACUUCCUCGACAUCCUCACCGUUUUCGACGACGCGACGCUGCAACUCCGCACGGGCGGGUGGGCUAUUAAGGCGUUCGCGGCGCUGGCGUCGCGGUUCGAGACGGUGAUUCUGGCGGACGCGGACGCAGUAUUCCUGCAGCGGCCGGAGGUGCUGCUGGAGCAUGAGGCAGUCGUUCGGCACGGGGCGCUGCUGUUUCACGACCGGCUGUUGUGGCCGCAUGCGUUCGAGGGCCGGCACCAGUGGUGGCACGAUCAACUCCGGCGGCCGAGUGCCGCCAUGGCUGACUCGCGCGUGUGGACCGAGGAGUACGCGGAGGAAGGCGACUCCGGGCUCGUCGUCCUCAAUAAAGGCCGCAUUGACACCCUGCUCGGCCUGCUGCAUAUCUGCUGGCAGAACUCGUACGAGGUGCGCGAGGAGACCACAUACAAGAUUACCUACGGCGACAAGGAGAGCUGGUGGUUUGGGCUGGAGUUGGCUGGCGCUGAGUAUGAGUUCUCUCCGCAUUAUGGCGGCAUUGUCGGGUGGGAGCGGGUGGAUGAGCAGGGGUCCGCGGAUGGGGUGUGCAGCUUUGUGAUCGCCCAUGUCGAUGCGAAAAAUCGCUUGCUGUGGUAUAAUGGGAGUUUGUUGAAGAAUAAGGGCCAGCCCGGGAUGGAGAAUGAGUAUCAAGUGCCUGAGAAGUGGAUGAUCGAUGCGGACUGGAUUAAGGGGGAUAGGAAGCAGGAUCAGAGUUGCAUGGUUAACGGGGUCAUUCGGGACUUGACGGCUGAGGAGAAAGGGAUAUUGGAGCGCUCGAUCGAGUUGGCCAAGUCGCUUGACGGAUUGGUGCACACGGUGUGA